UUCAACGCGGCGACACCAGUUUCCGGUGCAUGUUAGUUUCACAGCGCGCUGCGUCUUUUCAAUUUAUGUUUUUUUGUUUUGUUUUCAGUUUUAACUGAGUAGUUCGGGAAUUGUUCAAAGAAUUGAUUGAAUUUACCUGAAGGAGAGGAAACCAGCAGGCCGCCAACAUGCCGAGAAUUAUGAUAAAAGGAGGCGUUUGGCGCAACACUGAGGAUGAGAUCCUCAAAGCAGCAGUGAUGAAAUAUGGGAAAAACCAGUGGUCUCGUAUCGCCUCGCUGCUGCACCGCAAGUCUGCCAAACAGUGCAAAGCCAGAUGGUACGAGUGGUUGGACCCAAGUAUCAAAAAAACAGAGUGGUCCAGAGAGGAGGAGGAGAAGCUGCUUCACUUAGCCAAGCUGAUGCCCACUCAGUGGAGGACCAUCGCUCCCAUCAUUGGACGCACUGCUGCCCAGUGUCUGGAGCACUAUGAAUACCUGCUAGACAAAGCAGCCCAGAGAGACAACGAAGAAGAGGUGGGAGAUGACCCCAGAAAGUUAAAACCAGGAGAAAUCGACCCAAACCCAGAGACGAAACCUGCCAGGCCGGACCCUGUGGACAUGGAUGAAGACGAGCUGGAGAUGCUGUCAGAAGCCAGAGCUCGUCUGGCCAACACUCAGGGCAAGAAAGCGAAAAGGAAGGCCAGAGAGAAACAGCUGGAGGAGGCCAGACGACUGGCAGCUCUGCAGAAACGCAGGGAGCUGAGAGCUGCAGGCAUCGCUGUUCAGAAGAAGAGGAAGAAGAAGAGAGGAGUGAACUACAACGCUGAAAUCCCCUUUGAGAAGAAGCCUGCUCCGGGCUUCUAUGACACCAGCAUGGAGCAGUACGACCCUCUGGAGCCCAACUUUAAACGCCUCAGACAGCAACACCUGGAUGGAGAGCUGCGCAAUGAGCGCGAGGAGAGGGACAGGAAGAAGGAUAAACAGAAGAUAAAGAAGAAGAAAGAGAGUGAUCUGCCCUCUGCCAUCCUGCAGACCAGCGGAGUGGCAGAGUUCACAAAGAAACGGUCCAAACUGGUCUUACCUGCACCACAGAUCAGCGACGCUGAGCUGGAGGAAGUGGUGAAAAUGGGUGUUGCCAGCGAGGUCGCUCGUCAGGCUGCUGAGGAGAGCGAAGGUGGAAACUCAGCUUCCUCCACCCUCCUGUCUGAGUACAGCGUCACCAACAACAUGACAGCUGGACUGCGCACCCCGCGCACCCCUGCUGCCCAGGACAGGAUACUGCAGGAAGCCCAGAACCUGAUGGCUCUGACCAACAUCGACACCCCUCUGAAAGGAGGCCUCAACACUCCGCUGCACGAGAGCGACUUCACUGGAGUCACGCCUCAGAGGCAGCAGAUCCAGACCCCUAACACUGUUCUCAGCACACCUUUCAGAACUCCUGGACCCGGUCAGGGCUCAGAAGGGAUGACCCCUGUAGCUGGAGGUGGGAUGACCCCACGUGGGACUCCAGGUUUGACCCCGGGUCGCACACCUCUGAGGGACAAGCUGAACAUCAACAGUGAGGAGCAGCUGGCUGAUCCUGCUUUCGCCAAACAUCUGCAGAAGGAGAGCCUGCAGCAGCUGAGACAAGGCCUGAUGUCACUUCCUGUCCCCAAGAACGACUUUGAGAUUGUUCUUCCUGAGAACGCAGAGAAAGAACUGGAAGAAACAGAAAUGGAGACGGGAUUUAUUGAAGAUUCUGCAGAUAUUGAGGCACGCAAGCAGGCUCAGCGUGACGCACAGAGGGAGAAAGAGUUGAAGCUGCGACACAAAGCUGUGCAGAGGAGUCUCCCCCGACCCACUGAGGUGAACGAGUCCGUUCUUCGUCCCGCCUCCAUGGAUCCGCUGUCUGACCUCCAGGUGGCCGAGGAGCUCAUCAAACAGGAGAUGAUCACCAUGCUGCACCACGACUGCCUGCACCACCCCUCAGCCAACGCAGCCAAUCAGUUUCAGCGUGGAAAAACCAAAGGCCCCGCCUCCACGUCCAACAACGCCUCACACAUCUCCUACCUGGAAACACACGCCUACAAGCCAAUCAGCACAGAGGACAUGGAGCAGGCGAAGGCGAUCCUGGCAGCAGAGAUGGAGGUGGUGAAGACAGGAAUGGGUCAUGGUGACCUGAGCUUGGAGGCCUACACUCAGGUGUGGGAGGAGUGCUACGGACAGGUGUUGUAUCUCCCGGGUCAGAACAGGUACACCAGAGCAAACCUGGCAUCAAAGAAGGAUCGUAUUGAAAGCCUGGAGAAGAAAUUAGAGGUGAACCGUGGUCACAUGACAGCAGAGGCUCGACGAGCAGCUAAACUGGAGAAGAAACUGAAGAUCCUGCUGGGAGGCUUUCAGUCCAGAGCUCUGGGGCUCCUGAAGCAGCACAAUGAGCUGUGGGAACAGGUGGAGCAGGCAGCCACGGAGCUGCAGACCUUCAACCAGCUGAAGAAACAAGAAGACCUGGCCAUCCCCAGGAGACAAGAGGCUCUGCGGGAGGACGUGGAGAGGCAGAUGGAGCGAGAACGAGAGCUCCAGCAGAGAUAUGGAGAGCUGCUGCUGGAGAGAGAGGCUCUGCUCAGCGGCUCUCACAAAUACUGACAAACACAGCUGAAACAAUCUGCUGAGUCAUCGUAUCAAACCAACUGUUCUAAUAAUGCAGGAGAUAAGCCCCGCCUCCUUGUGCUGAUGUUGCUGUGAUGUCACUGGCUGUUCUGAGCAUGCUCCAUAAAUCUGUGUUUCUGUACGCAAAUCGUGACCAAUAAAGUUUUUCCAACCAUGAAA